AUGAUGACUCGUCGGCAAUCUCGUGCUGCCCCUACCGUACCUCCUGCACCACGCCCACAGAAGCAUGCUGCCCCGACCACGCGAGAAUCUCACAAAGCAAAGAGGUCAAAAUCAGCUACCCGGGCAACAGUUUCUAAUACGCACAGCCGUCCACCCGCCUCGGAACAUCCCUCCCAAUUGGUCACUGUUCCAAUUGCCGGCAACGACGCAGCCCCUGCCCCGGUGGACAUCGCUGCCAUAGUCUCAGAAGCUGUGCUAGGAGGACUUCAAGCAGCCGGCAUACUCCCUCAAGCUCAGAAGGAGACAGAUGGUUCGAACGCCACUCCGGCUGCUGCUGUACAGGGGUCAGUAGCGGCCGUAAUCCAGGACAUUACCGGUGAGAGACCUCCUCCUACGAACCCGUCGACUAUAAGUACCAGCCCGCUAUCAAUAAAUAGCAUAGCUCAGUCUAAUGACCGGCCCCAGCUGAUUCAUCAACAAAUCGCUGUAGCUCUCGCCUCCAGGGUGUCUGAUAAAAUUCAAUACAAAAUUUGGGCAAACGAGUAUAUUGAUUUAGGGACCCUAUUGCAAAUAGCAUCCCAAAACCAGUCACAGUACAAUUUUGUUGUUCAAACGCAACACUCUUCAGAUCGGCCGGUCAUUACCCUCGAGCCAGCACAGAAACCUAAGAGAAUUGCCAAUAUAGACCAAUGGAUAUCAGCCUUUCAAACAUUUGUAGCUAUUUAUACCGUCCGAUCACCGACCGACGCCCCAGCUUUAAUGAAAUAUUCCGAGACAGUGCGGGACCUAGCGGCUAAGAACGCCCAUUGGCGUUAUUACGAUGAAAACUUUCGCUUUUUGAGGCAAAAAACUCUUUUCCCCUGGGACCAGAUCCAUUGGAGUCUGUGGUUGCAGGCGCACCACAUGCAAAAGUCCCCUACGGUAGUUUCCUCGGACUCACGCAACAGGCCUACAAGGUCGCCCUUUCCGUCCGGCUUUUGCUGGAGAUUUCACAGAGGGGAAAAGUGUUCCGGCUGUAACUUUAAACACGAAUGCUUUCAAUGUGGAUCUCAUCAUCCAGCCAACCAA